AUGAUGUGGCUUAGUGUCCUCGGAGCGUUAGCUCUGACGUGCAUAUGCGCUGUAGAGAGAGCGUUUGCGCGUAUGCCGGCUGAGAGGCCUCCCGCCCCGGUCCGGACAUUUACUGGGAAAAGCAAUAUGCGAGAGUAUAAGGUGUCCGUGGAGAGGGUGACCUUAGACCAACCCCACGAAGUCAACUUCCUUUGUGGUCAAAAUGAUGCCGCGCACUUUGGCGGAGAGUUUACGCUGUACCCCAGCGACCCCAUGACGAAAACCUUGUUGCCGCUCGAGGGUGACGACCUGGAGGACGCGAUCUCCAAGGAGGUCCUGCUGCGCAACAUUUCUCGCAGUACCAUGUUGCGCAUUCAGACGAGCAAUCACCGGGGUCCGGGCAGCUUCGUGAAGGUCAUGUACCCCGUCAACGCCCUCAUCAUGGCCAAAGACCCUCAGAACUUCAGCCUCAACUACGCCUGCAAGUACCAGCCCCGUGAUAAGAGCCAGCCACCCUUCUACCGCUGGCUCGAGGUCAAGUUCAAAUACGUUUAUCCCAUGGCCUACGGAUGCGAAAGCGGAAACGACAUGCUCUUCAAGAACUCGGUUCCACGAUUGAGGUCUUCCAAGAACGGCAGGAUAUCAUUUUGCAAGUUAAAGCCGGAACCUGGAAUGAUUUUUGGAAUAUAUUGUAGACCAAAUGAACACGUUGAGCCGCCAAACUGUUUCACCGACAAACAAUUUGAGGAACUUGGCGACGAGAUAACUCCUCUAACACUACCCAACAUGGAAGUAUCGGGUAACCCCAAAUACACUGUUCCCGCUAGACUCAAACUAUUCAGAAUAUCGGAAAAUGGGCUCAGUAAAGAUCUGAAUAUGGUAUGUCACUGCCGGGGCUGGGGUGGUAUUCCAGCUUAUCUCUCUCUGCGCCACGUGGUCGAUGAAGUGAUCGAUAAUGUCCGUUACAUGGGGCGCAAAGGAAUAAAGCCAAACAAACAAAUUUAUUUCAGGAUGCACAGCAUGGAGCCUAACCACACAUACAAAAUAAUUGCCCCACCCCUGGGCUGGUUUCACGUCGGAGAGUUAGGUUUGGUUGGCACAAGAUUAGCACCAAAUGAUCCUGAAAUCAAUACGUUCAAUGCUUCGCCGAUGGGAAAAAACAAGUCCAUCAAGUUGACAGACGUGGUUGGUUCGAAAGGAUUUGAGUUAACACUUAAAAACGACGGAUCACUCAACGAAUAUACGAUGAGUUACCCGAAAGCGGCCCCACUGGUUGUUAAAAAGGAAAUGCCUUUCAUAUAUUACGAUUGGGUAUUGAAAAGGUUUUUCGGAAUUCAAAACGUGGAUUGCAAUCUAAGGAAUCUUUAUCAUAUAAUGCCGACUGACCCUUACACAUACGGUUGUGGUGUGGACAGCUUGGAUCUGUUCCACAACGAGGGUUUUGAGCUGCAUCAGGGAAAUAACAAUGACGCGACCACGUGCAAACUAAACCCGAGCUUGGUGAGUCCCGUUGGGUUUUAUUGUCCCAAGGGAUUCAAGUUGGAGCCCGCUGACUGCUUCCGUGAGAUGCUGCACAAGGAGUCUGGCCGCGUUGUGCAGCUCGCCGACUACGCGCCGCACGCCAGGCCGCUGGACGGCACGUACAUCCGGGUGUUGGACUUCCACGUACCCCAGCGCAUGAGUCACCUAGUCAGGUACUCGAACGACGAGCUCUCGUGUCGGUGCCUCGACGCGCAGGGAAACGUACGCGCCUCCAUCACCCUCGAUCUGCGCAAGCCGACGGUCGAGGAAAAGGCUCCCGACACUUCGGCGCUCUCAUCACUUCCCGCAAAAUAG